AUGGCGGGACUCACCAAUGAUGUCGAUUACGAUUCCGGCGAUACGGAUGGGAAUGUACCAGGUCCACAUUCCAACUCUGAGAACUAUCAUAAUUACUACGCCAGAGGACCUUGUACAAGGUAG